CUAUCUUGGCAAAAAUCAGUUGUUUUUAGUCGGCUCGCUCUGUUUAAGCUUGGAAGACUAUAAUAAAAUCUGGACAGUUCUCUUGAAGAAACAAAACAAAAAAGAUCAAAAAAGAAAGCUGUUUACAAACCUUUUACUAGUAAAUUCUCAAGUYUCUUCUGAACGCCAUUUGCACUACUGUGUCAAACAGUUGGAGUCGAUUGGUGAGAUCACUUCUGCAAAGCAAAAGAGAUAACAUUUCAGAUUGAACGCRAACAAAAGAACGCGACUAGAAAAGACAUAUUUUACAGGACUAUGACUUAAAACGUCGCGGCAGUUUUACUAGAGGAGGUGGACGCUCCGCGGUUAGAGAGCGUGCUCAAUGUUGGAAAACUGUGAUGGUUUGAGCUGAAGUACUUUAGAUUUUAUCAGGAGAACUUAAGGAACAACCAUCAAGCAAAUUAAAGAAAUGACGAAGGGUGAUAUGAAGUUGACAAAAAUCUGCGGACUUUUCGUUGGAUUUGCAAUUUUGAUUUCCAAAGGAAACGCAUUACUUCAGCAACCGAUAUUUGACGAUGACGAAGACCGACUUCUCAAAGGGUUGUUUAAGUUCUACAACCCCGAACUACGACCGGUCGUUAAUAAGGGGGACAAGGUCACGGUGACGUUUGGUAUUUCUUUACAUCAAAUACUGGACAUGAUCCAAGAAGGCCCAGAAGCAGACACGAAGAAAUUCGUCGCAAACGGCGAAUGGAGUUUAGUCAGUUUUCCAGCAAAACGUAACGAARUGUARUACAUCUGUUGCAAGGAYCCGUAUCCUGACGUUACGUACACGCUACACAUUAGACGAAAGCCAAUAUACUAUUAUAUUAAUAUUAUAAUCCCUUGUCUCGUAAUUACAGACCGCGAACGUUUUCUACAACAAAGACUUGACAACAUGCGGAGAGACUCAGUAACUAAAUCAUCAUUACAUCUAAGCAACGGRCACGUGACAAAAACACGUCAGUCAUUCAGUCUUAGCUCAGAAAAACGUCAUGAUUCCUUAUCGAGUAUGCGAAGGAAAGAGUUCGAAGAGCGAUGGGCACUUUUAAACGAAAGUCGSUGUCAUAGCAACCCGAUAGCUGAUAGGAGCGAAGAUCGAUUUUCAAGGCUAAUCGAUUCUCAGUCGCUUUUGAUGGACAGUGUAAAUAAUCUAGUAAAACAAACGAACGCUAAAGAACUGUUGAGUGAACGMAAGAGGGAGUGGACGUUAGCAGCGAACAUCGUGGAUCAAACCUGUUUUAUUCUGUUUCUUGUGAUGUUAUUCUCUUCSACGGUUAUAAUAUUUACUCAGGCAUACUAGCAAAAGCUUUUUACAAAUAUUUGAUAUYUUAAGCCUGGCUUGGCAGUUUUGUAAGCGGAUCCCAAGUUCAAUGAGGUGGCUAAACAUGCUUCUCAGAAGAGGAAGCAGAAGCUUCUAGUGUUAAAUCUAAACUAGCCGCCGUCAUGUUGUUCUUUGUCAUGACGCAGAGAMCCUGAUCAGUAUGGCACCAGGCGAUGUAAAGCGAUACCAUUUCCUAGAGCAAAGCAUGACGGGAAACUCUGGUUUACGGCAUUCUGGCGUACACUUCGGUUUCAUCAAUCAAAGGCUGGAGACARGCAAUCAUAGUCACAAGGAAUCACAAGGAAAAGAGACCUUCCGCUUAAGAUUCCGUUGCUUCUACAGGCGGCGCUUUCGAAUACGUUUUAUGGCUUAGGCUCGAAACCAGUCUCUUGAGACGCGCAAUGCACCAAGGGAAGGUCUUAGCAAAAAAACGGCUUGCCUAGUGGAGCGAGUCAGACUCCUCUUCCUUUUGAAGUGUCACGUGUAACGCAAGUUGUAAGCUGUAACGGAAGCUCUAAUUUAACCACUGUAAAUAAGACGUGUUUAUAAUCGCAAACUAGGUAGAUAGAUAUUUAAUAGUUGACUAUUUAGAAAGAUAUAAAAUAACUUAAACGAAGAACAUACAAGAUUCCAUUAAUCUGAUAUCUAUUUCAUGGGUUUUUGUGACGGAACUGUUAUCUGUGAAAUAUAACUAUGUUAACAUAAUCAAUUAGAGCGAUUUUCAUCUGUGAAAUUCACUGUCAUGUACUACACUUCAUUACUAUUUUUACUCUAUUUUGUAUGUUUUUCUGUGUCUUUUCAGUGUAACAAACAAGUUAAUGGAACCAGUCWAAAUACUACAAAAUAUAUAACAGCAGAGAUAGACAGCUUUUACACUGAAUAAACUUAUAAGUGCUAUUUAAGAGGUAUCUUCAAGUACUGUAGAUAUUUGUUCAUUUUAAAUACAUAAAGUGUAAACUAAUUUCUACUAAAAGAUUCUCAUAUCA